CUCUGGUUUCCUCCCCAGCUUCUCUCUCUGUAUUGUGCUGGCUUCCUUUGCGUUUUAAUUGCUCUCUCCCCUCCUGUAGCUGAUCAAAAUCACAUUGCUGAAUUCUGCUUUCUUCCUUUUCUCUUUCUGCCAGCCGCUCGCAUGCACACAUGGCACAGACUGACAUCACUUGACAUCUCCGUGCUUCCUCAUUUCAAUAUUAACUGUUUACCAGAAGAGAAACUGGUUUGGCGCUGGGUUGCUACGUUCACGCGUGCCUCUGUGUGUGAGCAAGAGCUUUUUUUCCCCUCUCUGUCCCUUCACAGCUACAGGUCAUUACACCGAGCUGCCUGAAACUGCCUGAUGCUAUUUUUCACCAGCGUGACUUUAGAAGAGACAGCUGUGUGGAUGUGCUCCCCUUUCUGCCUUGGCUGGGGCACAGGAACAACUGCAAAAAGCCGGUGCUGCUGCUGCCAUCUGAGAGCCAACCUGCUGAAGGACCUUUGCCCUCCCCAGGCCGAUCAUAAUGACACAGAUGCAGUUUAAAGAUGCAUUUUGGUGCAAGGAGUUCACCUUACACACUGGCUUCGAGGUGCUCGUACAGCGACUGCUGGAUGGGAGGAGGAUGUGCAAAGACGUGGAGGAUUUGCUUAAGCAAAGAGCUCAAGCAGAAGAGAGGUACGGGAAGGAGCUGGUUCAAAUUGCCCGAAAAGCAGGAGGACAAACAGAAAUCAAGACUUUGGAUUGCAAAAAGCCAGGACAACGAGAGAACUAUAAUCACCCCUUCACGUCCUCCUGCAACACUAUGCUGCCUUAGCUGUGCACCUCCAUCCAGCACACUGAAGGCAGCAUUUGAGAAGCUCAAGCAACAAAUUGAAAGCGUUGGAAACUCUCAUAUCCAGCUGGCAGGAAUGCUGAAGGAUGAACUGAAAGGAAUAGAGGAGUUCCGAGAAAGGCAGAAGGAACAAAGGAAAAAGUACGAGUCUGCAAUGGAGCGCAUGCAAAAGAACAAGUUGUCCCAUUAUAAGAAAGCAAUGGAGUCAAAGAAGAGCUACGAACAGAAGUGCAAGGAGGCGGAUGAGGCCGAGCAGUCCUUUGAACGCAUGAGCGCUUCAGGCAACCAGAAGCAAGCAGAAAAGAGUCAGAACAAAGCCAAGCAAUGCAGAGAUGCAGCACAUGAAGCAGAGAAUGUGUACAGACAGAACAUUGAGCAGCUGGAUAAGGCCAGGACAGAGUGGGAACAGGAACAUAUUAAAACCUGUGAGGUUUUCCAGCUCCAGGAGUGUGACCGCAUCACCAUCCUCCGGAACUCGCUGUGGGUUCACUGCAACCAGCUCUCUAUGCAGUGCGUGAAGGAUGACGAGCUGUAUGAAGAGGUUCGGGUAAGCUUGGAGGACUGCGUCGUAGAGUCAGACAUAGACUACUUCAUUAAGAGUAAAAUGACAGGAACACAACCUCCAGGUGCAAUAGGAUAUGAGAACUACUAUGACAGAGAACCAAACAGAAGCAACAGCCCAACCCAGACUUGUGGGAUGAUGAAGAGAUUCUCUGGACUGUUGCAUGGAAGCAGCAAAAACAAUGCUGAAAGAGUCAUUCCUUCAGCCCCUCCUUUCGCAGAGAAAACAGAUGGGGUCUACGCAGACAUUUUUGUAAAUGAACAUGGAAGAACUACAUCAUCACAGGACUACAGAGUACUUUAUGACUACACAGCCCAGAACAUGGAUGAACUGGACAUCAACGAAGGAGACAUCGUCGCUGUCAUUGAAGAAAAUGACAAUGGCUGGUGGACAGCUGAAAGGAAUGGGCAGCGAGGCUUUGUGCCAGGGUCUUACCUUGAAAAGAUUUGCUGAAGUGUAGCCUCAGUCCUUAGACUUUGAAAAUAUUCUUCUACUGAAAACAAACAUCCAUACAAGGUCUGCUCCAGCUGACCAAGAACAACCCAUUAUACUGCCCUCUACAUUUACCAGUCAGGAAAUAACUGCUUUCAUCUUCCUUCCCACUGAUCCUCUCUCCCCUCAACAACUUCUGGCUCACACUGUCUGAAAAAAGCUGUCUUCAUCUCAGCAAGACGAGGACUCAGGUUUCUCACAAAGGUGCUUUCCACUCUCAGCACUGCUGCCAUCAGAAUCUGGGAGAAAAACCCUGCUUAGAACUUGACUAUGCUAAAGGAAAAAGAAGCUAAUUCUGCUUGUCCAGGAUGGAGGAGCACCUCCAGUCAGCCUGCGAGCAACCCUUACCACCAUAGCAGCCAUGACCUCCACCACGGAUUCCCUCUUCUCACUGCACACAUCAUGCAACUGUUUCUGAGGGCUAAGCUAAGAGCAGGAAGCACACAUUCUCAGAAAGCAGAUAGUUUCUACGUCACAAGGUCAUCCAUGGCUCUGUUUGCACUGGAUUCUGGGACAGCCAAACGAGGGCAGAUAAAGAGCCCAAGGCCUGCUUUUACCUCAAUUGGAUGGUUUCUCUGACACCUUGCUGGGAUUUUUCAUGUUUAAAAAAAGCUUUCUAGCAGUGCUGCCCUGCCCUGAUCCUGGGAAAGAAGCGCUGGUUGCCUCCACAUGCAGUCUGUACAGACAUGCCCUCAGUGCAUUCUCCUUUCAACUUCUCUGUUCACCCAGCUGAUCCUUUCCUGCCCACCGGCUUUUCGGUCUCUAAUUAUCUACAGCCUCUGCAGCUCUGGAAUAGCUGGCACAGAUUUGGCUGGGUUCCUUUCCAUUUACUUCUAAUGUGCUUGUGCUACAACAAAGCCUCUGCGGAGAAGCUGUGCUGAGCAGGUCCAUUGCACCUCAUAGGUUACAGCUCUAGCAGUCUUGCCAGUCCAGCAUUUAGGAAUGCUUCCUACCAGCACUAUACUUUGCAAGAGAUCAUUAAGUACUUUGUGCCACUUCUCUCUAUUCAGAAAUUAAGCAUGGUAAGAGUCAAAGGCACUUGCGUUAUCAUAUUCUCAUUUCUUGAUUCCAGAAUGAAAUAAAGUUGCUGCAGGCCCUCUCUGUCCUCCUGCACACACAGCACACUUUCUUUCCCAUGCUUGCCCAAGUUACCAUGUUGCACAUCUGCAUUAGGGCUCUUAGCAGCUCCCAUCAGCAGAGGCUCAGAAGAACUGCAGGAAUUUGAAUGUCAUUUCAGGCACUACAUAGUACUAACAGCAGUACUCACACAGGCUGAGGAUGUCAACGACAGUGUCCUGUGACCAAGUCUGAACUGGCAGUGCCAAGAGUCCACAAUAGCCUCCAAUUAGUUAACUGCACCGUAAAUGCAACUGUCAGACAACGACAACAGAUCCUUGCAUACCGCAUAAGAGGAAACCUAAAGAGCGAAGGAUUUAAUGUAUCUGCUUGAAUACAAAGAGAACUAAUCAACCAGCAGAUACUGAAAUAUUUUGCAAGCGAUCUGAAUUAAAAUAAAUCUCUAAGAUGCAACUCUUCUAACAAUAUAUGACAUAGGGAUUCUGCUAAGACUCCUCACAGACAGCCUCACACAAGACACUGCAGUACCCAGUCCUGGCUACCUUGAAAUCCUUCUAUGGAUUGUCUUUGCCUACACAGACCAUAUGGUCCGCAUCAGCUGACAGACAGAUGGUGACUACUGUAUCUCCCCCAUCAAAGCAUUUCAUAUUUUUGCUGUUAAAUUCGGGAAACUGGUUCCUUUCCUAUCUUUUUUUUUUUUUCAAGUCAAGUUUUCUCCUGUUUGUUACAACUGCAAAAGGCGACAUAUUUCAAAAUCUACCCAUUCUUGUAGCAUUUGGUUCCCACAUGCUAACUCUAGGCUGAUAAAGAAAUGGAAAAGAAACAGCAAUGUUUUCUCAUAAUUCAGUUUCUGUGCUUUAUGGUGAAGAAUCUUGCUGAUAAGUAGUUAAUAAGCCAUAUCUAUGCAGCUUGCUCUAUCAGUGUGUCAGCACUUGUCAGAAAUAAAACAAAGAUAUCGAGAAAUACACACACACUCCCUUAAAA